AUGUCCACUCUUUCAUCUCUUCAGAGAUCUAAAGAUUAUAUACAGGCUUUUUGGCCAUUGUCUUCAAAAUCCAAGGAACCAAACAGUGCUACACCUACUUCAAGAGAUGACGAAUCUACAAAGUUUAAACUAUCAGAAGUGUUUUCAAGAAUGAAGGAUUUUGAUCAAUUUAAACAUAAGCUUUUAGAUUCAUCGUUUAAACAAAAGUUGCAUAAACUUUAUCUUUACAUUGCAAGGGAUGAAUCUCGUGUGUUUGUGUUGUUAGACAAUGAUGUUAUAAGUCUUUUGGCUCGCUUGGAAGUAUCAAGUAUCCCAUUAGAUGCUAUUGAAGAUCAUAUUGCAAUAUUUCAAUGUCUUUUAAGUGAAACUACCAAAAUUUAUGAUGAUUCUGAAGAUAAUGAAUUAAAUAAUGAAUUUAAUUCUGAUACCCAAAAGAUUUCCAAAAAUAUAGGAGUAUUCCUUAUCAAUUAUUUGAAACAUCAAAGAUUACCAUUAAAUAAAAUUAAAUUACUAGCAUCAUUUGUUUAUAAAUUGGCUCAAUAUUUUUUAACAAUGACUAAACUAGUUGAUGGAUGGUUGAAAAUUUCAGUUCAUGAACCUGAUGUGAUAUAUUUACUUUAUAAAAAUAAAUUGGGUCCUAAUUGUUUCCCCAUGUAUGAAUUAGCCAAAGAUUUUUUAUUUUCAGGUCAAGAUACAUUUGAUGUUUCAAGAGAUAUACUUUUACAUAUUGUCUUAACUACUGGAUUUUCUGAAAGUUUAGAGAAUUGGCUUUUAACAAGUGAAUUUCCUGGAAUUGUUAGUACUGGCUUACUUUCUGGAUUUAAUCAAUUGAGUUAUAAUGAAUCUUUAUUGGAUAAUCAUCAAGAUGACUUUGAUGAUAUAUUGACUAAUAGUCUGGCUUUCAAUGAAUUUGAUGAUUUUGUCUUGUUCAUAUUGGAUAUAAUUGCAUAUUCUACACAUGAUUCUGUUAAAUCAGCAUUUUUAAAUUGUUUUGAAAAAAGAUUUAUAGAUCCUAUUUUAGAAGCUUAUACUAAAGAUGGAACAAACCAUUUAAAUACAAUUUUUUUAUUAUCACAUGCUUUCAGAAAAAUGAUUUCCCCUAAAAGUGGAUCACAAUAUGUUAUUGAUGAAUUUGUUGAAAAAUAUUUUGAUUUUAAUAAUAUGGAAGAACCAAGAAUUAUGGAAUUAUUCAUUACUAAUUUAGCUAAAACUUAUGAUAAUCCAGUUCUUGUGAUUUCAACUUUGAAAUUAUUUGAUGCAUUCACAAAAUCAAAGUCUUUAAAUUUAUUAUCAAAUACAUUUAGUGAUGAUAGAACUUUUUUUUCAACAACUUCAGAUCCAAUUAUUCAGUGCUCUAGUAAUGUAUUUGAUCUUUCCUCAAAAGUUAGAAAUAUCAUCACCACUGAUUCUUAUUAUAAUGAAAUUAUCAUUGAUAAACUUGAUGAAUCAUUAUCUUUAUUAUCAAGAAAUUUAAUUCAUGAUCCAAAUAAUAGCAAUGCUAAACAAACAUGGAUUCAAUUUUCAUCCUCAAAAUUAUUUCCAAUUCAUAUAUUAUUUUCACUUUUGAAAUUUUUCACAAAUAGUCAAGAAACAAAUAGAACAUUAAUUCAACUUAUAAAAAAUGUUACCACUGCUCAUGGCGGUCGAAUUUUUAACUUUGUUGUCUCUGAUACUGGUGAAGAUGAUAACACUCCAUUUGGUUUGAUUUUUGAAUAUUUAUGGAAAUCUUAUCAACAAUAUUCAAAUUCAAUUAAUAAGGGAUCCAAGUUGAUAUCUGUUGAAUUACCAAAAAUUGAAAUAAUACAAAUAUUUGAAGGAGGUAAUGAGAAAGAUCUUAAAGAAGUAGUUAAUAAAUGGUUGCGUUCACAACAGAAAGCCCCAUUUACAUAUGACAAAUUAGCUUUAAAUGUUCAACUUUUUCAAGAGUUUACAAUAGAUUUGUAUGCUCUUCAUAUCUCAAGAAAUAUAUAUAAUGGUGUUUCUAUUUAG